UAGGUGGCGCUGUCUAACUUGGUGUUGAACUACUUCGGAAAGAGGGAGCGCUAUCCUUAUCGCUGUGUGUCGCACCGUAGCUUUCGCCUUUGGUAUCGGUUGGCGUUGUCCGUAGGAUAUUUGCUCUCUUCCAAUGAUGGUUCGAACACAUUAUGGACCGCCUCGCUUGAAGCCCAGACCAUACGAAGAUUCCCAUCGACGCAGCGAAAGCAGCUACAACCCGGACUCUAAAAGCCGCAGAGACGACCAGGGAUACCCCAGCAAGGCGCCUCCUAGCUGGAGAGAAUCCAGAGGCAGAGGACGGGGGCGGCCGGCGCCGCUCGGCAGGAGAGCGCCUGAAAUGGGACCUCAAAGGGAGCCACGGUUUAAUCACUGGCGGUCCCACAGUCAGGAUUCCUUCCAGUCCCACCACCCCAAAACGGACCAGCACCACAGCCACCGCAGGCAGUCUCCGGCGCGGCUGAGCCGUACCCCUCAGCGUCGCUCGCCCCCCCACAGCCCCGCACACCACAGUCAAAGGGGCCCGUCUUCACACGGUCACCCCUCAGGUCACAGGUCACCUUCCCCGAGACCUUUCCGUAGCCACCCGGCCGACAGGAGACCGGGUUCUGCACCCGCCUACCGGGGGUCUUUCAGGGGUCCCAGAAGGCAGUCGGGCUUUCAUCCUCGAGAUCAGCGGGGCCGCGACCCCCACCCAAGAGAAAGAGCCUAUGAACAGUCAGGUCCUGGCAUGAAGCGCUGGCACGAACCCGCGUCGUUCUCUCACCCGCACAAUGGAGAGCACCGGCCCUCUGGGUCACAGAGGAGCCCCAGAGAGUUGCCAGGGAGAGGCUCAUGUACAGAGAGGUGGUCAUCUGAACAAGGUUCCAGGAGGCAACGUGGUCCCGUGGAGAGGCCAAGCAGCAGAUCCCACAGUCGAGAGCGGGCACAAGAUGCCCCCCGACCGCCUGCUUACAGAGCCCCCCCGUGGAAAGGAGGCCCGCCACCACCGCCGUCAUCUUCCCACUACAGGAGUCCCUCGGAGAGGAACGUUUCCGGACCCCGCAAGAGGAGAAUAUCAAACCUCAGCAUGCCCUCUUCAGGCCCUGAGCCGUAUUAUGGCCCCCCGAAGUACCCCAGGAGAGAGAGACCCCAGCUGAUGAGUAUCCCCAGGCCAUUCGCUGUCCCGCCAUGGUCUCUUAGGGGCAGACGCUCUCUAACCAGGGGCCGGCCAAUCAGAGCAGGCUCUCUCAUGAGGCUGAGAAUCCCUCCGACCGUGAGGCCGCGGCCCCGCUUCGGCGACGUCGCCCCGCGGGGACACGCCGGCUCCCUUCUCGCCUUCCGGAAGAGGCGUUUCGACACGAAGGCGGGUCCUCUGAGAGACGAGGAGCCGAGGCGGCCAAAGCCCCGAGACUCUCCGGCCCCAGAGGACGACAAAGCCAGCAGCUCUUCAACAGACUCUGGCACAGGAAAAGAACAGGUGGAGUCCCGCCGGUCGUUGAGCAAACACAGAUCCUCUCCGAUAGAGAAACGGGAUCUGGUUGUUUUGUCUCAUUGGCCCCCGGUGCCGAGCUCGUCCAAAGACGACUCGCCUGCCAGAAGUCCCAGCCCAAAGUCAAAGACCGACCGCAGUUCUGAUGGGGAAGGCUCAUCGCAUAGACGCCACUCAAAUGACUCCAGAUCACCUGAAGACAGAAAACGUGGAUAUUUGGAUAAAAGAGUGUUCAGACCUGUGAUGCAUGACAGCAGACUAGCAAGGCCACCUUUCAGGAGACCAGGGCUCAUACCGCGGCCAAGGAACGCGGGCCCAGACAUGUCGGACAACGUCAGAAGACCUCUGAUGGAGACGUUGGUGCCCCGUCCUUUUCCAAACCAGAGACCAGUGUUCAGGAAAAGCUUCAGCAUUGUGUCUAAAUACCGCAACAUGAGGGUGAUGCGUCAGCGCGCGCCUUACGGCAGAGGACCCAACCAACAACGCUAGCGAGAGCCUCGGGUACCAAAUUAUGCAUUGGAGUUGUAGGAAUCGCCGAAACCUCCCGCACAGAACUUGUCUAGCUGGACGACACCGACCUGUCCAGCCUCACCUGACCAGCUUGUAUGUUGUGAAAGUGUCCCUGCUAAGAUGUGGUCCCUGGUGUUUCAUUUGCUUUAUUUAACGACUACUGUUCUCGGUCUUAGAGUUUCUUACUGUUUUAGAAUGUUAUUUUUUUUUAUUUUGACAUUUUCUGGUUUUGGUUUAGGUUGCUUUAAAAAGUUUUGGGAAGUCCCGAUUUUACUUAAAGUAUGCUAGCAUUUUCUUUUGUUUACAAGCAGCAAUCGAACUUUUACUUUGAUAUGUGACUUUCUAAACUUGUACUAUCUUGUCAAAGGUUCACUCAAAAUAAAAUCAGAUGUAACAGAAAGUUUUUGUUUUUUUCAGAAACUUAAAAUUUGUUCUAUACAGACUUCGAUAAACACUACAUUGUUUACAAAAGCAAGACUCUUGAUGUGGACAACAUUCUGUCUUGUCUCAAUAUUAUGUUUUUUGUUUAAAAAAAGAAAUGAUAAUAAAAAGUUACAUCUGUGAA